UUUCAAGGCAUAAAUUCAAGUUAUUAACGAAAAUGGCGGAAGUAAAGUCACGUCGUGUUGCCCAAACAGAAGAUUUAUCAAAUGUUGAAUUUGAAACCAGUGAAGAUGUCGAAGUUAUUCCAACGUUUGAUAAUAUGGGACUUAGAGAUGAGUUGCUACGUGGAAUUUAUGCCUAUGGCUUUGAAAAACCAUCGGCUAUUCAACAACGGUCAAUCAAACCGAUAAUGAAAGGACGGGAUGUAAUUGCACAGGCUCAGUCUGGUACAGGAAAGACAGCAACAUUCUCAAUUGCCAUAUUACAAUCCUUAGAUACACAAGUUAGAGAAACACAAGUAUUAGUUUUAUCUCCUACAAGGGAAUUGGCAACUCAGAUUCAGAAAGUUAUUCUGGCUUUGGGAGAUUUUAUGAAUGUUCAAUGCCAUGCUUGUAUUGGAGGCACCAAUCUUGGUGAAGAUAUCAGGAAGUUAGAUUAUGGGCAACAUGUUGUAUCAGGCACACCUGGAAGAGUAUUUGACAUGAUAAAAAGACGUGUCCUAAGAACCAGAGCAAUAAAAAUGCUGGUUCUUGAUGAAUCAGAUGAAAUGUUAAAUAAAGGAUUCAAAGAACAAAUUUAUGAUGUAUAUAGAUAUUUGCCACCAGCAACACAAGUUGUAUUAGUAUCUGCCACAUUACCCCAUGAAAUUCUAGAAAUGACAAGUAAAUUUAUGACAGAUCCUAUUCGUAUUCUUGUUAAACGUGAUGAAUUGACAUUGGAAGGAAUCAAACAAUUCUUUGUUGCUGUUGAAAGGGAAGAAUGGAAAUUUGAUACAUUAUGUGAUUUGUAUGACACAUUAACAAUCACACAAGCAGUAAUAUUUUGCAAUACUAAACGUAAGGUAGAUUGGCUAACUGAAAAAAUGAGAGAGGCCAAUUUUACAGUCUGUUCUAUGCAUGGUGAUAUGCCUCAAAAAGAGAGGGAUAACAUAAUGAAAGAAUUUCGUUCUGGCCAAAGCCGUGUUUUAAUCACAACCGAUGUUUGGGCAAGAGGAAUAGACGUACAGCAAGUAUCUCUCGUAAUCAAUUACGAUCUACCCAACAACCGUGAGUUAUAUAUCCAUAGAAUAGGUCGUUCAGGUCGUUUUGGAAGAAAAGGCGUUUCGAUCAACUUUGUGAAAACCGAUGACAUUCGAAUUCUUCGGGAUAUCGAACAAUAUUAUUCAACGCAAAUUGACGAGAUGCCUAUGAAUGUAGCUGACUUAAUAUAAUCUUAAUACUUAUCAUUGUAUUAAAUAAGAUUUUUUCCUUCA